GUAAACUAAUCUAAACGGGUUUGUUCUUAUGUUCAACGAUGUUGUUGGGGUCGUUAAAGCCAUGCUCCUCGAGUCUUUACCUAAUUGUCUUUUGAUUUCGACUCUAAUGCACUUUAGCUGAAAAGGCGCAAUAAGCGGGUAAAGUUUAGAUAAGCCAAGGACAGAGCAAAGUGUUGUAAAGGAGACAUGAGAGCGAUUCAAGUUAUGUGUAGGAAAAUACCUGAUGUGAUGCCUCGUGAGGAGAUGAAGUGGCCUUUGAUCCGAGGCAGAGGGGUGGGCUCCAGACCGCUGGAGGCGUUGAUCUCCGACCCCGCCACGCCCGUGGUGGGUGUCCUGGGUACGGGCGACUUCUCCCGCUCGUUGAGCGGGCGACUAGUGGCGUCCGGGUAUCAGGUGGUGGUUGGCAGCCGCAGCCCUAAACGCUCCCGGGCGCUGUUCCCUGAGGAGGCAGAGGUGACGUCCCAGAAGGAGGCAGCCAGCCAGGCGGGUGUUGUGUUCGUAGCGCUGUUCCCCGAGCACUACUCUACGCUGGCAGGCCUCAGGCAGGUCCUGGCGGGCAAAGUGCUGGUGGAUGUCAGCAAUGCCGUCCAGUUCAACCUCUGCAGGACAUCCCAUGCCGAGCAGCUGGCAGACAUGUUCCCGGAGAGCCACGUGGUGAAAGGGUUCAACACCGUGUCAGCUUGGGCGCUCCAGACCGGCCCGCGGGACGGGAACCGACAGGUCAUGCUGUGCGGUGACAGCGCGGAGGCCAAGGCAGUGGUGGGCGGGCUGUGCUGCGCACUGGGCUUUGCCCCGGUGGACACAGGCCUCCUGGCGGCCCAGGCCCUGGAUUUGGAGAACCUCCCACUGAGGCUCUUCCCAUCGUGGCGCGUCCCGGUCCUCUCCACGCUCGGCCUCUUCGUGGUCUUCUACCUGUACAACUUCCUGCGCGACGUGCUGCACCCCUUCGUGGCGUUGGGCCGCGCCCCCGCCUUCUACAAGCUGCCCGUGGAGACGGUGAAUGCCACGCUGCCGGCGGUGGCCCUGGUCACGCUGGCCUCAGUGUACGCCCCUGGCUCGCUCGCCGCGGGCCUGCAGCUGUCCCGGGGCACCAAGUACGCCCGCUUCCCCAGCUGGCUGGACCGCUGGAUGGGUCGCAGAAAGCAGUUGGGGCUGUGCAGCUUCGCCUGCGCUGCCAUACACGCCGUCUACAGCCUGUGUCUGCCUAUGAGGCGCUCGGCGCGAUACAAGAUGCUCAACGACGCCUUUAAGCAGGUGAAGGAGGGGGUGGCGGACUCCUGGCAGGAGGAUGAGGUGUGGAGGAUGGAGCUGUACCUCUCCACGGGCAUCAUGGCUCUCUGUCUGCUCUCCCUGCUGGCCAUCGCCUCCCUGCCCUCGGUGGCCGACGCCCUGAACUGGCGUGAAUUCACCUUUGUGCAGUCUGGGCUCGGCCUGGCGGCUCUGACAAUGGCCACCCUCCACACGCUGCUCUUCGGCUGGGACCGGGCCUUCGACCCGGGGCAGUACCGCCUCUGCCUGCCGCCCACUUUCAUGGUGGCGCUGGCCCUGCCCCUGGCCGUGCUGUGCAGCCGGCUGGCCCUCAGCCUGCCCUGCCUGGCGGCGCCGCUCGCACGCAUCCGCCGCGGCUGGGAGAGGAGCCGGCACCUCCGCUUCUCCCUGCCCGUAGAGGAGGGCGGGGCCGUGGGGAAUGGACGCUCACUGGAGGACAUCAGCAACGUAUAGCUAUGUAUGUUGACCAUGGGUGUGUGUUUUUGUGUGUCUUGGUGUUUGAUGUGUGUGUACGUGCGCUUGUGUUUACUGUUGUGCAAAAACCCACACUGAUACAGGGAGACUAACCUGGUGUAGUUUUAGUAAAAAAAACAAUAUAUUAUUAAAUUCUUAAAAAGUUUAUUACAAACUAGUUAUUAAUGAAUUGGCGAUAAAACCAAAUACCUGUACUAUGCAAUCAAAUAAGUAUGUAUUUAUUUAGUUUGUGAUAAUUUAGAAAAAAUAAAACAUUUCUGAUUAAUUUG